AUGUGUGGAAUUUUACUUAAAGUAUCAAAUAAACCAUUGGAUAUACCAUCAUGUAUUCCACAACCAUUAAGACAAACUGAUAAUGAUCAAAAAACCAACUCUAAUCAACAUCAACAACAACAUCAACAAUGGGAAACCUUAGAUAAAGCCAUUAUUGAAUCAUUUUUAAAUAAAGGAUCGGAAUUAAAACCAUUAACUAAUCAACAAAUUUAUAAAUUAAAUAAUUUAUCUCAUUUAAGAGAAUUAAAUAAUCAAUUAUCGAAACUUAAAAAUAACGUGAAAAGAUUAUCAUCAGAUUUAGAAUAUCAACGACAAGAACAAAUUAAACAAUUACAAACAGAAAUUGAUUUGAUCUCUAAAGAUUAUGAUGAUGAUGAUAAUGAUGGGUUAGAAAUUGAUAGACAAAAAGGAGAAGGAGAAGAUGAUUUGGAUCAAUUGAUUUAUAAUAUAUCUAAUAGAGGUCCAGAUUAUUUGAAUUUCAGUCAAUUCAAUACCACUACCAAUAAUGGAGAUGAAUUUCAUUUCCAAACAUUUCUGGCGAUAUUAUCCUUACGACAACCAUUUACAAGACAACCGAUUUUCAAAGAUCAAUUUGUUUUACAAUUCAAUGGGGAAUUAUAUAAUCAAGAAUGUUUACAAAUUAAUGAUACCCAAUUUAUAAUUGAUAAAUUACAUGAACAUUUACAAGUGAAUGAUAAUAGAAAUAAUGCAAUUUUAUCAACUUUAAAAUCUCUUAAUGGAGAAUUUGCCAUAAUUUUAAUUGAUUUAUUGGAAAAUAAAAUUUAUUUUGGUCGUGAUUCUAUUGGUAAACGUUCAUUAUGUUAUAAAUUGAGUGGUGGUGUCAAAAAUAAACAACUUAUUAUUAGUUCUGUAUCAAAUAAAGGAUUUAUUGAUUGUGAAAAUAUAAUUUAUGAAUAUAAUUUGGGUUAUAAUACAUUAGCGAAACAUAAGUUACAUGAAUUACCAAGUCAUGCCAAUAUAGAAAGUGGUGCUAUAAAAGAUGAAGAACAAUUAGUGAAAAACCUCUAUGAUGAAUUGAAGAAAUCUAUAUGGAAACGACAAGAUUCUAUUCAUCCUUUAAUAGAAGACAACAAUCAAGAAAGUAAAUUAGCCGUUUUAUUUAGUGGUGGAUUAGAUUGUACUAUAAUUGCCAACAUAAUAUGUCAAUUAUUCAUGGAACAGAAUACCACCACUAAAACACCAAUUGAUUUAUUGACAGUCGGAUUUGAUAAUCCUCGUACUAACCAAAAAAGUAAUGAAAGUCCUGAUAGGAAAUUAGCCAUUAAAUCAUGGUUUCAUUUAAAUAAACAAUUCCCAUUAUUGAAUUUACAAUUGAUUGAAAUUAAUGUUGAUUAUAAAUCUUGGUUAUUACAUAAAAGUCGAGUGAAAAAAUUGAUGUAUCCAUAUAAUACAGAAAUGGAUCUUUCUAUAGCAAUUGCAUUUUAUUUUGCUUCUAGUUGUUUAAAAAGUAUUACUUCGAAAACUAUAUUAAGGGAUAAACAAAUUGAUUGGGAUACAUUCAUUCAAUCACCAAAUAAAUAUAUUACCAAGAUUGAAAAUUAUGAAUCUAAAGCAAAAGUAUUAUUCAGUGGAUUAGGAGCCGAUGAAUUAUUUGCUGGAUAUUCUCGUCAUGAAGCCAUUUUCAACAAGAAAGAAAAUAUCACUAACGAUAAUACUAAUCUACUUUAUGAAGAAUUACAAGAAUCAUUAAAUUAUGAUAUAUCAAUUAUUCAUCAACGUAAUUUAAGUAGAGAUGAUCGAGUCAUUAGUUGUUGGGGUAAAGAAUUACGUUAUCCAUAUUUAGAUGAAAAUUUCAUUGAUUGGGUUAUUCAAAAUAUUCCACCACAAUUAAAAUUCAAAUACAAGUAUGAAUAUUCUACUACUACUACUACUACUACUCCUCCUACUACUACUACUCCUACGGUUUCUACCAAAAAGUCUAAUAAAAAUAAAUUAACUUUCAUACCAACAAGGAAAUAUAUUUUAAGACAAUUAGCUAAUUAUUUACAAAUGUCAUAUGUAUCAAUAGAACUUAAACGAGCAAUUCAAUUUGGAGCCAAAAGUGCUAAAUUAGAAAUUGGUCAAAAUAAAACCAAAGGUACUGAUAGUCUAUAG